CAAUGAGGCCAGCUGGGAUACCCAGAGACCACUGGGAGAGGCGCGGGACUUGCCCGUUCCGCGGAAUGCCGGGAAGGGGUCACCUCCCAGUGAAGUUUCCGGUUCCUGUGUCGGCGGUGGUUGAAUUGCCAUGGCAACGCGGUUGGUGGGCCCGUGGUUCCGGUCUCUUGGGAGUGUUUGACAAUAUACAGGAUUUACUAGCUUGGUUAUUGACUUCUCUACCCGGCACUCAACUUUAUUCACUGCUGUAUCCUCAGUGCCUAGGACGGUGCUUGGAACGUGAUUCGUUGAUUCCGGGUAAAUCAGAGGAACAAACAACAUGAACAGAAAUAUGUAGAAAAUGCUAUUAUGCUGAAGCAUAAUUGUUGUUUCAGAAGUCCAGCAUCUGGUGCACUUAACAAUAGAGAAUAUAUUAAAUUCUUCCCAAAAUAA